UCCCUCAAAUUCCCUCUCUCAACAUUCAAAUCGGGUUUCUCUGGUCAUCUGGUCGUUCGUGCGUCCUCCAAUCUGGUGUUUGCCACUUUACUUAUCGUCUUCAAUUUGCUGCUUCUAUUGGGUUACUCAGGGUCUCUGAGUUAUCAGGAAGAUUCAACUCUCUUCUCGGCAGCUUGCUCUCCAAAUUUCUGCAGAUGGAGGGAAUGGGUCAAGAAGCAACUUUUAAUGGGACGAGGCGAUAUGAUUUGAAGAAAUCCUUCAAGCUUGCAAUUCGUUCUCUGCUUACUACCUGCUCUAGACAGGAAUUCAGCAAAGUGUUCUCGGAAUUUACAAGUGCUGAGCAAGAAUCUCUCUACCGAUUAUUUGUUCAGGUCAUUACUUCUUUGCAUGAAAGUAUAGAGGAUGAAUUUGAUUCAUUAUGCCUUGAAACACAGGUGGGAAUGGCUCUUGAUAUGGUAGAGCAACUUUUGGAAGAACAGGGCCUUGACCCUUUGUCUUCAGAUAAGAGUAAUCUAAGAGAUGUUAUGCACAAUCUAUCAACAGUAAAGAAGAAUGAAAUCCAACGUUUAAUGAGUACGCUGGAACGGAUUGAAGAAGAGAAUCGCCUUGCAGAAACCCGUAUUCAGCUUCUUAAGAAAGGAAGAGAGGACAUCUCAGAUGCGAAGCUGAAAAGUGGGAUCGUAAACUAUCGGAUAUCUAAUAAUGGUCGGUAGGCGGAACAUAUAUAUAUAUAUUUAUAUUCAGGCCCUAUGUAAGUCAGAAACUGCAUUUGUAUGGGGUAGUUUGGUUUAUACUUCAUUGUUAUGGAUUCAUAUUAACAGUGUUUAACCAGUAUCCUGAAUGAUACUUGAUGGGUGUAACCAAGCCUUUGGCUUCAGUUGUAUCUAAGUCCCAUUUAUGGUAAGAAGUCUUGGUCUUAUCCCCAGUUA